ACACAAGCAGGGGGAGUGGGAGUGGGAGAGGGAGAAGCAGGCAUCUCCCCGAGCAGGGAGCCCGAUGCGGGGCUCGAUCCCAGGACCCUGGGAUCAGGACCUGAGCCGAAGGCAGACGCUUAACCGACUGAGCCACUCAGGCGCCCCCAGCCUGCACUUUUAUGCCCUUGGUUAUAACACCUGAACAAACGCAUCUCCAAGUAUGGCAAGCUGGCUCAUGUGACCCCUGAGUAGGAAGGAGGUGCUGUUUCCUGCUGCUGGGACCCAUUGCUGUGGUAGAGAAACAUUUCUGGAGUUGACACCCAGACUAUUGUACCCCUUGGAUCCAAAGCCUGGUAGGCCAGAUGCCCCCUGGUCUGCCCUUGUUGCAGACACAUACCCUGCCCCUCCUCACUCCAUACAGCCCGGUUUCCUCUUUCCUAUGUGGCAGCGACUUCUAUGUCCUGUGCCCCAGCCCUUCCAAGAAAUGACACUCAAUUUGCUGAAUAAUUAAAAGCAGGAAAUACUUUACGAAAGGAAGUGAGUGGGUCAGAAACUCAAAGGCAACCCAAACAAAGUGCAAGCUUGGGCUCAGGCAGAGCUGUGAGAGUCCAGCUGGGAUCCGAGUGUGCUCGCCAGGUGUCGGCAGAGGGCCAAGGAGCCUGGGAGCCAGGACCAUGCGGCUGUGGCUAGUUCUUCUCCUGCUCAGCCUCCCAGGCUGUUUCUCCAUCCAAGGCCCAGAGUCCGUGAGGGGUCUAGAAGGGGGCUCGGUGAGCGUGCAAUGUCACUAUACAGCAGAAUGGGAGACUUACGAGAAGUGGUGGUGUCGCGGAGCAGACUGGUUAUCAUGCCAGAUCCUCGCUCAAACCAAUGGAUCAGAGCAAGUAAUGAAGACAGACCGUGUGUCCAUCAGGGACAACCAGAGUCACUGCUUGUUCACUGUGACCAUGGAGGACGUCAGGCAAGAUGACACAGACACUUACUGGUGUGGGAUUAGCAGACAUGGACCCGACCUUGGGACAUCUAUCAAAGUGACCAUUGACCCAGUGGGCAUGGUUCUGAGCACCUGGGCGAGCCCGCUCUCUAGAACAACUACCAGCGGCCAUGCAGGGGUGUUGUCCGACUCCUACAUCAGGCACCACUACAUUCUCCUGGCGUUCCUGAAGGUGCCCAUCUUGCUCGCAUUGGUCGGUGCUGUCCUUUGGUUGAAGGGGCCUCAGCAGAGACCGUCUAUCUGUAUGAACUUGUCCUCUGAUCUCGUCAGAGACACAGCCCCUUAGACAGACAGAUGAGCGGAAUCUUCCGCCCUGGGACCCCAUUUCCAGAGGAGACACAGGCCGUGGAAGAAAUGCCUCUGGGUCCUCGGGAGGCAGUGACUGAGGCUGGGGGCGCUGAAGGGCUGGCCGGGCACCCUCCCGGCUCUACACAGCUCAGGGACACAACUUGGGGCCCUCUUGAGGUGUCAUGUCUCCCUGGACUUUUCCUACUCCUUCGGGUAGCAAAUGCCCCACCCUACCCAACGUGGGGCUGGGGCUCAUGGUCGGAGCUGCUGGGGUGGGACCCAAGCCGCGUCCUCUCUGCUGGAAGAAGUUGGGGUAUGGCGUGAGUGACUGAAGCACAGAGAGAAGCAAUAGGGGUGCAGACAGAGACAGAGAGAUGGAGCCCUGCCCACGCCCUGGUCUCCUUCACUCCUGAGACCAGCUCAGCCUGCUCUGUGUCUGAGCUUCUGAUAUAUAAGGGUUCUUUCUUAAGCCAGUCAAGAUGGGCCUCAGAAACUACUUCAAGGUUGGGGAGGGCAGUCAGGAAAACCAUCUGAGGGAAAUGAUAUGGCCUCCCCUACAUGAUGAUAUUUUAAUAAUCUUCAUAAUUAAUUUGUUUCAAUAAUCUUAAUAAUUAAAAAUGUCUGUGAUAAAUGACAUUUUUUUCAUUUGUCCAUUUGGGUGGACUUGGCCACUUUACGCCUUAGGGGCCUUGGGUCCUUCCACCGAAGGGAGCGCCACCUCACGUGAGAAGGAAUAGCCCCAUUUGAGAUGUGUCUACCCACACGCAAACACACACAAACACACCAGUUUGGAAUGUUUCCCUUUGUCUACCCCUGCAGCUUUAUUGAGCUAUAAUUGACAAAUA